CAUUCCAGGUCAGACAUAGGUGUCACUUCAAUAUUUAAAACCAGGGAGAAAUUUGAACCUUUCAAUGAAACAUUAGUCAUGUAAUAGAUCCUAGAUUGUCCUCUUAGCAACAAGCAUCCUCUUCCUGCAGAAUUACGAGGCUUCUGUUGUCUGUCUCUGGAUUAUUGCAGAUAAAAAUAAUCUUUCGGAGGUACUUUAAAGAAAAAAGAAAAAGAGUUAACCCAUGGAUUGGAAAGAGACCUUGUGGGUAGGCCUCACCAUAUGAUUCCCAAAACUGUUAGGAAUGUCCAGCUGCUUUCAAAAGGUUUUAUUUGCUCUCAGUGCUAUGUUGAGCUUUGCCUCUUUCAUCCUGAUCCUCGUGGCCAUGGGCAGCCAGAAAUGGAUGAUGGGAAAAAUCCUUUGCAAAACUGGCGCUGAGCUGGUCAAUGCCACAGACCCUGAGUUAGUCAAAUUCAUGGGGAAAAUUUACUACGGGCUCUUUGGGGGCCACAAAAUGCGACAGUGUGGACUUGGGGGUCGCCCUUCCGGAUUCAGAAUGUUUCCACACCUGGUGAAAAAGGUGAACGCGAUGCUCCAUGUGACAGUUAUCUUCUCCCUGUCGGUGGCAUUUUUCUUUGCUCUGGUCAGCUGCGGAUUCUGCUUCUUGAACCUCCUAAAAGUCCCUUUUCGGGCCAUUCAAGGACCAGCAGGAGUAGCUUUGUGGAACUUGGUGGCAGGUGGAUGUACUGUGUUGGCUGUGACUGCUUUUGUGGCAGCUGUUAAAUUGCAUCGGCUUACAGAAAGAAUCACCAAUUUUCGAGAAAACAGCUUCCAGUUUCUCAUCCUGGAAGAAGAGUACAUGCCUUCUUUCUGGCUUUGUGUAGCAAGUGCAACAAUCCAUGGGCUGAAUUUGAUCAUUGUUGCCCUCAGCACAAUUCGCUUCCCAACUCUGAAAACAAAGACAGAAGAAGCAAAUGUUACAGCAGAAGAUAUUAUGUACUAA